AUGGCUUCCACAUUAGUGCAUCUUGCUCUCUUCGGUGUGUUCCUCCUCGGAGCUACCGAGGCCGGUAAUCCCUGGAGAAGAGAGACAAACGUCUACCCCGUUGACAUCGUCGACCAGCUUCAGGAUGAGGGGCUGGAACGGCUCGCCGCCUACAUGGGAAACAAUCCUGCUCCGUCCAACUGCACGCUCGAGACGGCAGUGAAGCGCAUGGAAUGGUCCGAUCUCACCGUCGCCGAGCGGGAGGAAUACGUCGAAGCUGUGCUAUGCCUACAGUCCUCACCGUCCAAAGCUCCUGAAGGCGCGGCGCCCGGAGCCAAAACUCGAUACGAUGAUUUCAUCGCUAUCCAUAUGCUAUACAUUGAUACACUACACUCGCCGUACUGGAACUGGGGCCGCUACGCCGACGAUCCGGUAAGCUCUCCCCUCUUCGGCGGGAGCUCAGCGAGUCUCGGCAGCAAUGGUGCGCCAAGUGAAUUCCCGGAUGCCAGGUUCCCUGGGUUUGCGCCGCCACUCAAUGUGCUUCCUGCGGCUGGGGCUGGCGGGUGCGUCACGGACGGACCAUUCAAAGACAUGGUUGUCAACCUCGGCCCUGUCGUGCCGACGUCUCCAGACGUACCUCCCAACCCGCAGCCGAACGGCCUCGGCCACAACCCCCGUUGCUUACGGCGGGACAUCAACAAACACGCGGCCGCGGUCACCACAGCGCAGCAUUCCUAUGAGCUGAUUACGGAAUCCAGCACCAUUGACGCGUUCCACAACAGGUUGAUGUGCAUGGGUGCGCAAAAGGACUGGGGGGUUCACAUCGGGGGUCACUACACGAUCAGCGGAGACCCAGGGGCUGACCCAUACGUCUCCCCGGGUGACCCGGCAUUCUACCUCCACCACGGCAUGGUCGACCGGAUCUGGUGGAUCUGGCAGAUGCAGGAGCCCGAGACGCGCAUGACCCUCGUCCCGGGCCCGGAGCCUGACGGUGUGGCGCCCAUGGACUGGGCCACCACCCUGUUCGAGCGGUACGUCUCGGCGUAUCCGUACAGGCCCGGAGAGGCGGGUUUCGACUACGAAGAGUACCUUGAUACAGAUGCGGUUGAUUUCGGGUGGCUGGGCGAGCCGUGGACGUUGAGGGAGCUUGCGGAUGUGGUUGGGACGACGGGUGGUAAUUUUUGCUAUAUUUAUGUUUGA